GUGUCCCUUUGCUGAACUGGCCGUAGAAGAUGAAGAGGCAUCGGUUAUUACCGCUCUGUGCCCUCCUAGGGGUCCUGUUUGCAGGACUCCUCCCUCAAAUUGAGGCUCAGGAAGAUUGCGCACAGGGGUUGGGAGCCGAUAUAUACUUUCUAGUGGAUUCAUCCUGGAGUAUAGGAGAGGAGAACUUUAAGCAUGUCAGACAAUUUCUGUCCAGCUUGAUACAAUCACUGCACCAGGUUGGAGGGGAGAGGUUUAAAUUUGCUCUUGUGCAGUACAGUACCAAGCCACAAACUGAGUUCCAGCUCAACCGCUACCCGACAACACAGGGAGUCCUGGCACACAUCGAGGCUAUGCCUUAUCGUGGUGGGGGAACCCAGACUGGCCUGGGCCUGGAUUUCCUGACUCGUACACACAUGACCACUGCGUCGGGCAGCCGCGCUGUUGAUGGCGUGGCCCAAGUGGUGGUUGUGCUAACAGAUGGGCGCUCCCAGGAUGACGUGGCCGAGCCGGCUCAGGUGCUGUGGCUGGCAGGCGUGGAGGUGUUUGCGGUCGGAGUUCAGGAUGCAGUUGAUUCGGAGCUCAGGGACAUGGCUAGCAAGCCCUAUGACUCUCAUGUGUUCAGUGUAGACUCUUUCCUGACUUUGGGGGAUAUAAUUCAAGAUUUAGUGGUGGGGCUUUGUGACGCAGUGACCCGGUCAGGGGGUGGUCCUGUGGCAAACGAGGCCCCCGUGUCUGGAGGAGGGACAGCACAAGAUUCAGCUGACCUAGUGCUCUUAAUUGAUGGAUCAGAGAACGUUGGAGCAGCAAACUUCCCCUUUGUGCGCGAUUUGGUUUUGAGAAUCAUUGAGCCCCUUGAUGUGGGCAGGGACACUGUUCGGGUGGCCUUGGCCCUGUACAACAGCGACCCACAGAUAAAGUUCUAUCUAAAUAGCUAUGACAGCAAAUCAUCAGUCCUGGAAGCGGUGAAGGGCCUUUCCUACUCAGGGGGCGAUGAAUCUAACCUGGGGUUUGCCAUGGAGGAAGUAGCCAGCAGCCUUUUAAGCGAAACAGCUGGGGGCAGGGCUGACGAGGGCGUGCCCCAGAUGUUGGUGGUUAUCAGUGCUGGGCCGUCCACUGAUGAUACUGGUGCCGGUGACCGGGCCCUUAAGAGGGACAGAGUUAUUGCAUUCGGUGUGGCGAUUGGUGACCCGGCCAGGGCAGAUCUGGAAGCAGUUGCUACAGAUAAAAGUUUUGUCCUGUCAGCCCGUGAUUUCAGAACAGUGGCGCGCAUGGGUGACCAGCUGCUCCCAUUCAUUAACGGGGUGGUCCAGCGCACCAUUAUAGUUCAGGACGAGUUCACCGAAGUGGUGGAAGUUGGCCAACGAGACAUCAUUUUCCUCAUCGACAGUACAAUGGGUGCAACGCUUAUCAACUCGGUGCGAGAAUUCAUCAAGCGGUUCGUCGACAUCAUGCCGAUUGGUCCAGAUGGAGUUCAAGUGGGUGUGGCCCUGUUCAGCAAUGCCCCCCGACUUGAGAUUGAUCUCAACUCCUAUGGAUCCAGGGAGGAUCUAACUGCUGCAUUGGGCGCAAUCAAACCAAGACCGGGUCAGACCGUCAACAUUGGAGCAGCCUUGGACUUCGUGCGGACGAAUAUGCUGCGGCCUGAGAGAGGCAGUCGUAUCCAACAGGGGAUACCCCAGCUUUUAAUGUUGUUGACCAGUAAAAAGUCCAGUGACAGUGUGGAAGAACCUGCUUUAGCCCUGCAGCGACUGGGCGUGUUGACUCUAGCUGUGGGUUCCAAGGCCGCGACGGAGAACGAGCUGCGGCAGAUUGCCUUUGCUGACAGUGUUGCGUUCCUUCUGAAAGACCUACGAGCACUGGUUCGCAACCCAAAGGCCAUUGUUGAUGCGCUCUCCACUCUAGCUGGGGUGGUGGUUACUGAAACGCCCACUGAGCCAGUGGUGGAGAUAACCACAGUGCAGACUCAAAAAGUGGUUCGAGACAUUGUCUUCCUUGUGGAUGGAUCCAACUACAUUGGCAGCAGUAACUUUCCCUAUGUGAGAGAUUUCAUCAUCAACGUGGUCAACCAGCUGGAUGUUCGUCCUGACAGGGUAAAGAUUGGUCUCCUGCAGUUUGCCGAGAGCCCAAAAAUUGAAUUUUAUCUGAACAGCUACAGCAACAGGGAAGAUGUUGUGAAUAAAAUCUCUCAACUCAGGCUGACUGGAGGCUCAGUUUUGAACACAGGAGCUGCCAUGAAUUAUGCCCUAACCAACAUGUUCCAGCCAUCAACGGGGUCACGUAGGAGGCAGGGAGUCCAGCAAGUGUUGGUUCUGAUCACAGGUGGUCCAGUCCAGGAUCAGGCUAAAAAUGCAGCUGAUAGAUUGGCUCUUGCUGGUGUCUUGACCUUCACGGUCAGUUCUGGGCAAGCAGAUGAAGCCUUAAUGAAAACAGUUGCCUUUGUUGAAGAUCUGGCUUACCAUGAAACAAGCUUCUCAUAUUUGCCAGCUCUGGCUGAACAAAUAAUGCCAAAGUUGAUAACAGUGGUUGGCGAUACAGAUAUUACAGAAACAUCAUUCCCUGAUGAAACUGAUGUGGUUGUUGGAGGAGAAAGAGAUGUUGCCUUUCUCAUUGACGGCACAGAAAAUGUCAGAAGAGAUUUUGCCUACAUCCGAGAUUUUAUCCUUAAAGUCAUCGAACCACUUGAUGUUGGGAUUGACAGGGUGCGAGUUUCAGUGGUUCAACACAGCGAGACGCCAACUCCAACUUUCUACCUUAACUCUUAUCAGACCAAAGAUGAGGUGAAAAGAGCGGUCACAGAAAUGACAUUGGCUGGUGGACGUACUCUUAACACAGGAGCUGCUCUAAGAUUCAUGAAGGACACCAUCUUGUCUGAAAGUUAUGGUAGCCGCGCUUCACAAAAUGUCCCUCAGUUCCUGAUCGUUUUGGCUGCAGGCAGGUCCAGGGACAGUGUAAAGGAUUCGGCUGGCGCGUUAAAGACAGGCGGAGUUGUACCUUUUGGUGUUGGUGUCAAGGAUGCAGACCCAAAGCAGAUUGGGGAAAUUUCACACAACCCUUCCUUUGCCUUCAACGUGAGGGAAUUCAGCGAGCUGAGCACCGUCACACAAAGGCUCAACAACUACGUGAGCCUACCAAGUGAAGAGCUGAGCGUAGUUCUACGGGAAGGCGAGACGCAGGGCCCCCGAAAGGAUGUUGUUUUCCUCGUUGAUGGAUCUACUGGUGUUGGACGGGAAUUUCCUAUCAUCCAGGAGUUCAUUCGCAGGGUGGUGGAGAGUCUCAAUGUGGGCGAGAACAAGAUCCGGAUCGGUGUGGUCCAGUAUGGUGACUCUCCUCAUGCUGACAUAUUUCUGAACACACAUACAACUAAAGAAGGUGUUUUGAAUGCUGUCAAGGGAAUCAGGCAACGAGGUGGAAGACAACGUAACCUGGGACAGGCCUUGCAGUUUGUCGGUCAGGAUGUUCUGACGGCAGCACGUGGCGGCAGGAAGCAAGAGGGUGUACCACAGUUUGUAAUUGUCGUCUCCAGUGGGUCUUCAACAGAUGACAUCAGUAGUGCAGCAACUUCCCUCAAACAAUCUAGAGUUCUUCCCUUCAGCAUUGGGACCAGGGAUGUCAACCCUACAGAGCUCCAAGUGGUAUCAUACGUGCCUAACUUUGUCUUCACUGUAGAUGACCUCCCUGGCCUGUACACAGUCCAAGAAAGCAUAAUUAACACUCUCACUGAGCUGUCAGAUGACGACAUCACCAGGAUGCGUCCAGUAUUCCCAGACAUUGAUGUAAUCCCACCAGCAACCACAGGAGGAGAAAAGAGGGAUGUCGUGUUUUUAGUUGAUGGCACAACAGCAACGCGUAGCGAGUUUCCUUCCAUCCGUGAAAUGAUAAGAAGAGUUGUGGAUAAGCUGGAUGUAGGAUUGGAUAAGAUCCGAAUUUCAGUGGUACAGUACAGCGAUGACCCAAAGUUAGAAUUUCUUCUGAAUGCAUUCUCCACCAAAGAAGAGGUACGCCAGGCUGUGAUUAAACUUCGAAGCAAAGGUGGAAACCGUCUAAACACAGGUCGUGCUCUCGAGUGGGUCUACAGAAACAUCUACCAGAGGUCAGCAGGAAGCCGCAUUGAGGAUGGUGUACCUCAGUUCCUCAUUCUAGUUACAGGUGGCAAGUCUGCAGAUGAUGUAUCCACUGCAGCUGACCAACUUAAGAGAAACCAGGUUGCACCUCUUGCCAUUGGAUCAAGGGAUGCUGACCCAGAUGAACUGAGACAGAUUUCCCUGAAGCCCGAACUUGUAUAUACAGUUGACAGUUUCCAGCAGCUUCCAAGAGUGGAGUCACAGCUCAUCGAUUCAGUAAAAACAAUAUCCACCAGUGAUAUCAUCGGUAGUUAUGUUCCUCCAUCGGUGGAUUUAGGUAAUCUAAAUCUCGGAAAAAAGGACAUUAUCUUCCUUAUUGACGGCUCAGACAGUACAGGUGGUGCUGGCAUUGCUCAUAUCCGUGACUUCAUCCUUAGCAUUGUCCGACAACUCGAUGUGCAGCCUGAUCAAGUGCGUGUGGGUGUUGUCCAGUAUGCCGACAGAGUCAAAACAGAGUUCUCACUCAACUCUCACAAUAACAAGCCAGCUGUUGUCUCUGCUAUUCAAAGACUUCGUCAGAUGGGUGGCCGGGCAUCAAAUCUGGCUGAUGCCAUUGACUACGUUAUAACGCAGGAGUUUAAACCCGCUGCCGGUGUCCGUCAAACUGAGGCCUCCCAACAUCUUGUGGUUCUCACAGGUCAAAAAUCCCCCCAAGAUGUUUCUAUCUAUGGACCUCUGCUUAAGGGCACCCGGGUCAAUUGCAUUGGUGUUGGAGCUGCUGGUGCUGACAAAAGACAACUAACCCAAAUUGCCACCACCUCAGCUGAUGUCCUCCAAGUUUCUAACUUCAAUGGCCUGCCAACAGUCCAGCAGGGGGUUAUUGAGAGGUUGAGUGGGACCAUAAUCGAGGAACCACCCACAGACAUUGAUUCUAGCCUUCCUACCCCCAAAAAGGCUGAUAUAGUGUUUUUGGUGGAUGGCUCCAUUAACUUGGGAAGAGACAACUUCAAUGAAGUGAUGUUGUUUAUCAGCAACCUAAUUGAUCUGUUCUUCACCGAGAGAGACAACCUGCGGAUUGGCCUGGCGCAUUAUACAGCAGAUGUGACUGACGUCUUCUACCUCAACACCUACAAGAACAAGGAAGACAUUGUAAACGCCAUUGGCCGAACAGAGUACAAAGGUGGACGUAGACUCAACACCGGUGCAGCCAUUCGCCACGUUCAAGACGUUCACUUUACCAAAGAAAAAGGCAGUAGGAUGGAUGAGCGCACGCCUCAGAUUCUUAUGGUUGUCACUGGAGGACGUUCAGCUGAUGAUGGGAAAACAGCAGCCCUGGGUCUGAAGAAAAAAGGUGUUAGAGUCUUUGCUGUAGGCGUGGGUGACAUUGAGAAUGAGUUAGAAGACCUGGCAAGUGAGUCCUCCACUGUGGCGAGAGCUAGCACCUUUCUAGGACUUUCAGAGCUCAAUGAGCAAAUUCUGGAGACUUUGGAUGAUGAAGUGAAAGGGAAGCUGUGUGUUAGUGUUCCAGAAACUUCAAAAACCUGCAGCAUAGAGGUGUUGGUGGGCUUUGAUGUUGCUGCCCAGAAUAUUUUCAGCGCUCAGACCAACCUCCAGAAAAAUAUGGAGGCCAUUCUGAAGAGGAUUCCUAAAUUGGCAGCCAUCAGUUGCUCAUCUGGCCAGAUUCCCACUGUGCAAAUGGGCAUACUGGCCAUGGACUCUGCCUCUGAGCCUAUCCAGCUGGACUUCACAGACAAUGCUGAGGAGCUCAUUAGGGACUUCAAAGCCCUAGGGAAUCGUGGCCCCUUUGUCCUCAAUGGCAAGACUAUCUCAGCUUACACCAAUAGGUUCAAAAACAGACAGGACGACGUUGUCAAGAUUGUUGUUCAUCUGACUGACGGCAUUGACGCCCCAUAUGUUGAAAUGAAAAGGCGAGUUGAGGAGCUUCGACUAUCAGGAGUGAACAGUUUCAUCCUGGUCGGGCUGGAGCGGGUUUCACAAUUUGACGAGGCUUUGCUGCUGGAAUUUGGUCGCGGUUUCAGGUACACAAGACCCUUACGACUCAAUAUCAUGGACUUGGACUAUGAGCUUAUGGAAGAACUGGACCAUAUUGCAGAAAGGGUUUGCUGCUCAGUGCCAUGCAAAUGUACUGGAACCAGAGGAGACCGAGGAGCAGUAGGACUUUCAGGGCCUAAGGGUAGCCCGGGAGGACCAGGAAGCCAAGGACAUCCUGGAGAUGAGGGUGGACCUGGAGAGAGAGGUCCUCCCGGCGUUAAUGGAACUCAGGGUUUCCAGGGCUGUCCUGGACAAAGAGGUGUUAAGGGUUCUCGUGGCUACUCAGGAGAAAAGGGUGAAUCUGGAGAAAUUGGGCUUGAUGGCAUCAAUGGUGAAGAGGGCAAAAAUGGAGUGGCGGGACCCGCAGGAGGCAGAGGGAACCCUGGCAAAAGAGGUCCCAAAGGUAGCAAAGGACAAGCAGGAGACAUAGGAGACAUUGGAAUCAGAGGAGACCCUGGUACAAGUGGACGAGAUAACAACAUCCCAGGACCUAAAGGAGACCCCGGUGAUGCCGGACCACCGGGAGCGCCUGGCGAGGAUGGAAACAAGGGGGGCGCUGGGGAACUCGGAAGAAGGGGAGCUAAUGGCAGAAGGGGCUCGCCUGGACUGGCUGGACAACCCGGAAAGCCAGGAGAUGAAGGUCUUCCGGGAGAGCCUGGUAUUGGAGGAUCUAGAGGUCCAUCCGGACCAAUUGGUGUACCAGGACCAAGAGGAGAAGAUGGAAACCCUGGGCCCAGGGGUCCCGGAGGGAUCCCAGGUCCUGCUGGAGAAAAGGGUAGAAGAGGAUUUCUAGGACGCAAGGGAGAGCCAGGAGAUCCAGGACCUAAGGGCUCUGUUGGACCUCUUGGUCCUCGUGGAGAGCCUGGCGAUGAUGGUCGAGAUGGGUUUGGCGUCGCAGGUCCUAAAGGAAGAAAGGGUGAUGAGGGCUUCCCAGGAUUCCCAGGGCCAAAGGGACUGGCCGGUGACCCUGGCACCAAGGGUGGACCCGGACGCAGAGGAAAUCAUGGACAGAGGGGUGUCUCUGGAAAUAUUGGUACACCUGGACCGAAGGGAGAGGUUGGAUAUCCUGGGCCUGAUGGGGAGAAAGGACCAAGAGGACCAGGUGUUGUGCAAUGUGACCUGGUGAAGAAGAUCAGAGACAACUGUCCUUGCUGUUAUGGUAAGCAGGAGUGCCCGCUCUACCCCACUGAGCUGGCCUUCGCCCUGGAUGCCUCUGGCGACGUUGACCGCCCGGCCUUCAACAACAUGCGUGACACAGUCCUGCGCCUAGUCCGAGACAUCACCAUCUCCGAGAGCAACUGUCCAAGAGGAGCGCGCGUUGCCAUAGCGCUUUACAACGAAGAAGUGACCACUGAGGUCCGCUUUGCUGAAGCAAAGAAGAAACGAGCCCUGGUGCAGCACAUCGAGGGGCUGCAGACCCUGAAAACCCGCAAGCCGCGCAGCUUGGACACCUCCAUGAGCUUUGUGGCCCAGAACAUCUUCAAGCGAGUGCGCAGUGGCUUCCUAAUGAGGAAGGUGGCCAUCUUCUUCGUUGGUGGGGCGGUCAGCAAGCCACGAGAAAUUACUAAUGCAGCUCUUCGCCUCCAUAAUGCUGGAAUUGCCUCUCUGUUCUUGGUUAACCGAGACGACAGAGCACUCAGCAAAGCACUGCAGGUCAACAACACAGCACUGGGCCAGGUAAUCGUCCUCCCAAACCCGGGAAGUGCACAGUACAACUCAGUCCUCCAAAAGGUGAUGAACUGCCAUGUGUGUCUAGAUGUCUGCUCUCCGGAUCAAACGUGUGACUAUGUGCCCCCAUCGGUCGGCCGAGAUAGGAGGUCCUCUACCACAGACGUGGACAUCGAUAUGGUUUUCGUCAUGGACAGCUCUAAGUCUACAUACCCAACCGUCUUCACCGAGAUUAAGCGCUACAUAGCGCACAUAGUGGAGCAGCUACAAGUCUCUUCAAAUCCCACAUCGUCCAUUCACCACGCCAGAGUGGCUGUGAUCCAGCAAGCGCCUUACGAGUUCACCCAUAACAAAACUGGCCUUCCCAUUCGUGUGGACAUCGGUUUGACGGAGCACCACUCAGCUCAGGACAUUGUCAAAUUUCUGCUGGAGAAGACACCACAGUUAGAGGGUGGCCGUGCACUGGCAGCGGCUAUCGAAGCGACAGUGGAGCAAGUGUUUGAGAAGGCGCCUGCCCAGCGUGACAGGAAAGUACUGAUGCUCUUUGUGACAGGAAGCGUUGAGGAAGAAGAGGAGCAGCUGGUCCGUAUCGCCACUGAGGUCAAGUGCAGAGGCUACUUCCUGGUCAUCAUGGGCGUGGGGAAAGGGCUGAGUGCUGGAGACGCUCGGGUCUUUUCACGCAUGGCCAGCGAGCCAUCGGACGUCUUCUUCAAGCGGCUGGACAGCGUCUCACACUUUUACGAAAAACACAUCCAGACCUUCGGCCAGCUGCUGCCGAAGUACAUCAGCAUUGAAAAUGCUUUCUACAUGUCCCCUGAAGUAUCCAAAAACUGCAAGUGGUUCCAGAGUGACCAGCCACUUAAAAACCCCUUUACAUCAUCACACCAACAGGAGAAACAUCAGAAACAUUAUGAAGACCACCAAGAAGUUCAUCAAAGCAAGCACAAACAUGCAGAUGAGCUGCACGUCUCUAACGUCACCUCCAGCAGCUUGAAACUGCGCUGGACCAACCCAGACUCCAAGCUCUUCGUCUACUUCGAGGUGGUGGUGACACGGCUGCACGACCACGCCCUGGUGCUGAAGACCAACGUGUCGGGCACUGAGCUCUCCGUGGACAACUUAGAGAGCGCUCAGACAUACCACGCUGUGGUCACCGCUCACACUGCAGAGGGUCAAGUUGUCUCCACUCGCAAAGGCAUCAUGACUACCAAAGUGGCAGAGCCUAAACCAGACCAUAAGCCAGUCAGCCCAGGCUCCGGUGUUGUAAAUACUGAACCACUGGACCAACCAGAGACUGUCAUUGUAUUCGCAGACCCAUGCUCACUUGACUAUGACCCGGGAAUGCCGUGCAAAGACUAUCAGGCUAAGUGGUUCUUUGACAGACAGAACGGGAUCUGUACACAGUUCUGGUAUGGAGGUUGUGAAGGAAAUGAAAAUAGGUUCGACACUGAGGCUCUCUGCCUGAAAAACUGCAUGAGGUCAGUGCCAGAGCCUCAGCCAAAAGUGCAGCAGGUUGAACAAGUGGAGAUCUUUCCGUCUCCUGCGUCCCUGACAGCGUCCUCUACAGCCGUGGACGUCUGCCAGCUUCCCAAAGAGGAAGGUACUUGUGCCAAAUUUGUCCUUAAGUGGCACUACGACGUCUCCAGCAAGAGCUGCACACGCUUCUGGUACGGAGGCUGCGGGGGGAACCAGAAUCGCUUUGACACGCAUCAGCAGUGUGUGUCGGCUUGUGGAAAACCAGCACCCCUCAGCCAAGGAGUCAUCACUACAAUGAGAACAUAGGACCAACAUGGCCAGCUGUCCUCUGUGUUCAGGGGAUUCUGAGGAGAACCGUUCAACAUGGCCACACUGCGAGGAUGCAAUGCCAAAGCGAUGGCGGGUGCACUGGAUUCCACGAAAAAAAAAUUGACUUUAUCCCCCCAAAUUCUUGAAGAAGUCUUUGUUACAACAAGAAGGAAGGCAACAUGAUUUGCUGCAUGAUUUGUUUUAACCUACUGGUGCUACAUAGUAUGUUCGUUUUACCAAAGGAUUUUUUUUAAGUGGAUUCAGUUUUGUAAAGUCGCGUUUUCCGGAACAAUGUCAUCAUAUUUCUCUAAAUGCAGUUUUAUGAUUAAGCAA